UAAUGGCGCGGCGCGCGGGUGCGGCGGGCUCUCGCGCGGCCCAGCGCAGAGGACGAGCCGAGCCAGCAUGUCCGGGACCCGAGCCUCUAACGAUCGGCCCCCCAGCGCGGGCGGCGUCAAGCGGGGGCGGCUGCAGCACGAGGCGGCGACCACCGGCUCCCGGGUGACCGUGGUGCUGGGCGCGCAGUGGGGGGACGAGGGCAAAGGCAAGGUGGUGGACCUGCUGGCCACGGACGCCGACAUCAUCAGCCGUUGCCAGGGGGGCAACAAUGCUGGCCACACCGUGGUGGUGGACGGCAAGGAGUACGACUUCCACCUGCUGCCCAGCGGCAUCAUCAACACCAAGGCUGUGUCCUUCAUCGGCAAUGGAGUGGUUGUCCACUUGCCGGGCUUGUUUGAAGAAGCAGAGAAGAACGAGAAGAAAGGCCUGAAGGACUGGGAGAAGAGGCUCAUCAUCUCUGACCGGGCCCACCUCGUGUUCGACUUUCACCAGGCAGUGGAUGGGCUCCAGGAGGUGCAGCGGCAAGCCCAGGAGGGCAAGAACAUUGGCACCACCCGGAAGGGGAUCGGGCCAGCCUACUCGUCCAAGGCAGCCCGCACCGGCCUCCGCAUCUGCGACCUCCUGUCCGACUUCGACGAGUUCUCCACCCGGUUCAAGAACCUGGCGCAGCAGCACCAGUCCAUGUUCCCCAGUUUGGAAAUCGACGUGGAAGGUCAACUCAAAAGGCUCAAGGGCUUCGCCGAGCGGAUCCGCCCCAUGGUCCGAGAUGGCGUUUAUUUCAUGUACGAGGCACUCCACGGCGCCCCCAAGAAGAUCCUUGUGGAGGGCGCCAACGCAGCCCUCCUUGACAUUGACUUCGGGACCUACCCCUUUGUGACGUCCUCCAACUGCACGGUGGGCGGCGUGUGCACCGGCCUGGGCAUCCCGCCCCAGAACAUAGGCGAGGUCUACGGCGUGGUCAAGGCCUACACCACACGCGUGGGCAUUGGCGCCUUCCCCACCGAGCAGAUCAACGAGAUCGGGGACCUGCUGCAGAGCCGUGGCCAUGAGUGGGGCGUGACCACAGGCAGGAAGCGGCGCUGCGGCUGGCUGGACCUGAUGAUCCUGAGAUAUGCCCACAUGGUCAACGGAUUCACUGCGCUGGCCUUGACGAAGCUGGACAUCCUGGACACCCUGGACGAGAUCAAGGUCGGCGUGGCGUACAAGCUCGGCGGGAAGCGGAUCCCCUACUUCCCAGCCAACCAGGAGAUCCUGCAGAAGGUGGAGGUGGAGUAUGAGACGCUGCCGGGGUGGAAGGCGGACACCACGGGCGCCCGGAAGUGGGAGGACCUCCCCCCGCAGGCCCAGAGCUACAUCCGGUUCGUGGAGAACCACGUCGGAGUGGCAGUGAAAUGGGUUGGUGUCGGCAAGUCCAGAGAUUCGAUGAUCCAGCUGUUUUAGACAAAGCCGGAGCUGACCCCAGCGAGCCAUGCCGCUUGGCCACGUCGUGUCCUUUCCUCGGCUGGCAGAACCAACGCCGUAAACAAAGAGAUUUGAAAGCUAUUUUCUGUACUUUUGUAUUUCUCUUUAAGCCUUCAGCCCAACCCACUGAUUUCUACAACAACUUGAAACAUCUGAAAGCCAGUGUUGUGUACAUUUUUUUAAAUCCUGCUAUUUCACAUCAGCUCAAACCAGAGCCCUUUUCUGGCUCAUGAACUGUCACGUGGUUGUCUAUGCAGUUGGAGCCUCUGAGCAAUAAACAAAUCCCACAGCCUCUGAA